AUGGAUGAAGAAUUCAAUGUAACAUAUAUAACUCUGGGCGGUCAUGUGGAAGUUCACAAGUACAGAUUUCUGUACUUUGUGAUCAUGUUUAUAGCAUAUAUUCUAAUAAUCUGCAGUAAUUCUACUAUUGUGUACCUUAUUGUGAUUAACCGAACCCUUCAUGAGCCGAUGUACAUUUUCAUUGCAGCUUUGCUAAUUAACUCUGUCCUUUUCAGCACUGCAGUCUACCCAAAGCUUUUGAUUGACUUUUUAUCUGAAAAACAGGUCAUAUCUUAUGCAGCAUGUCUCUUUCAGGGUUUUGUGUUUUAUGCUUUAGGAGGUUCAGAGUUCUUACUGUUGGCAGCCAUGGCUUAUGACAGGUAUGUGUCUAUAUGCAACCCUCUGCAAUAUUCGAAUGUCAUGACAAAAAGAACAGUCUGUAUCUUUCUGGCUUUAGCUUGGAUUCUGCCUGCUGGUGAGCUUGUGCCUUCAGCAGUGAUAAAUGUUAACAGAAAACUCUGCCGGUAUAUUUUGACGGCAAUUUAUUGCAAUAACUCAGUUUUCAAACUUCAUUGUGUCAGUUCAAGAGCACAGUCUAUAUAUGGUGUGGUCAUUUUGCUAAAUGUCGCACUGUUUCCGAUGCUCUUUGUACUUUUUACAUACAUAAGAAUAUUCACAAUAACCUAUCGAAGCUGCAGAGAAGUCAGGAGAAAAGCUGCAGAGACCUGUUUACCUCACAUGUUGGUUUUGAUAAACUUUUCCUUGCUGUGCACAUAUGAUAUAAUUAUAGUUAGACUGGAAUCUGAUAUUCCAAAACCUUUAGGUUUAAUAAUGACUUUUCAACUGAUUUUGUAUCAUCCACUUGUAAAUCCGAUCAUAUAUGGUCUGAAAAUGAAAGAAAUUUCUAAACAUCUGAAGCAGUUGUUCUGUCAGGUCAAGAUUAACUUGUGUUAUCAAUACUGA